AUGGUGGUAACUCAAGGUCUCGGUGGUAGCAGCCCACCCAAGCCCCGAAUCUAUAUCGACAUCAUGUUCAACGGCGAACGAGUUGUCCUGCCUUCUUCGGUUACUGACCCAUUGAUGGCAUGGGCUGAGUCCAUGGGCGAACUCGGCUUCAAGUGCCUUCGCCUCCAAGGCCACAUCGAAGGUAACCAGGAUUCAAGCCUAUCGCCGCCUCCCGCACCGAUGCCGACAAAGCGACAGAGGCAGUUCACGACGGUGAUCGAAGAGGAAGAUGACCUUGAGGAUGGGGUUAGGAAGAGGAGGACGCCGGCAAGGAAGCUUGAGGAUAAUUUUGAUCGGGUAGCGACGAAGAGUGGGUUGGGGAAGAGUAAGGGAGGGAAGUCGAAGUUCAGUGAAGAGUGUGUGAACAAGUGA